AUGUCGCAGAACGUCAGAACAAGUUUCUUAAUCAUGUCAGACACGCAUGGGCAUCGGCCGCUUUCGGGUUCGUUGUCAGAACAUAUCGACGUCGUUAUUCACUGUGGCGAUCUUACGCAGGAAUCAAAGAUCGAGGAGUUCCAAAGAACGCUGCAGUAUCUUCAAGAGAUCAAGGCAGAUCUCAAGUUGGUGAUUGCUGGUAACCAUGACUUCACAAUGGAUGUUCCGGCUUUUGAAAAGAUGGUUGCCAAUGCUAAGCCGGCUUUAGAGCCGGAGUUGGUGCGGAAGGCGUACGGUGAUUAUGGCGAAAUUAGAAAGAUCCUGGCUGCAAAUGCAGAAGCAGCUAACAUUACUUUUCUGGACGAGGGCUCAUAUGAGUUCACACUUCGAAACGGUGCCUUGUUACGUGUAUACGCUAGCCCUUUUACCCCAUCAUUGAGUGGCGACUGGGGAUAUCAAUAUCACCCAAAUGAAGGCCAUAAUUUCAAAAUCCCAAACGGUAUUGACAUAGUGAUCACCCAUGGGCCUCCAAAAGGCAUCCUUGACUAUACAGACUCAGGUCGCAGAGGUGGCUGCCCUGAUUUAUUUCAAGCUGUUGCCCGUGCAAGGCCUCGACUACACUGCUUUGGGCACAUCCAUGAGGGUUGGGGAGGGAAGUUGAUUACAUGGCGAGGGAAUAUGCCUGCGACUUCAGUACCUUCUCAUUUUACCCAUAUCAAUCAUUCCAAGUCCACUGUCUUGAGCAACAUUUCGCAGCUUGAAACUGCAUGUGAAAGCAGCGACUUGGCCUACCUACCAGCCGAUUGCGACUUCAAUGAAUCGAAUUUACAAACAAUUUUUAUCAAUUCUGCACUUCAGGGGAUGACUGACAUUACUCAAAUACCGUGGAUUGUUAACAUUCUACUCCCUCCUACCUAG